GCUCGAUCAUAUACAUUCUAUUUCAAAAAAUCCUUCGUUUGUUAAGACCCCAUAAGAGGAAACACCUUCAAUUCAAGUCGAUCCCUUAAUAAGAAAAUAGGAGACAAUUAAGAAGGGAGUGAAAAUGUGGAAGCUGAAGCUUUCAGAGAGCAAAGAAGACGAGUGUGUAAGAAGCGUGAAUAACCAUAUUGGAAGACAUUUUUGGGAAUUUGAUCCAGAUCUUGGAACCGAAGAAGAAAGAGCUGAAGUGGAACGAGUUCGUAAAGAAUAUAACAAGAACCGCUUCAAAUAUAAACACAGUUCUGAUCUCUUGAUGAGACUUCAGUUCGAAAGGGAAAAAGGCUUGAAGAUGAAACUAAGUAAGAUGGAAAAUCAAAGCGAGGAAGAUAUAACUGUGGAACUUGUGGAAACUAGGCUGAAAAGAGCCCUAAGAUCUCUCUCAAUCCUGCAAGCUGAAGAUGGUUUCUGGCCUAAUGAUUAUAGUGGCCCUUUGUUUCUUCUCCCUGGUUUGGUAAUUGGUUUAUCAGUUAUUGGAGCCCUUAAUGAAAUACUGACACCUGAGCAUCAAAGUGAAAUACGUCGCUAUCUGUUCAAUCACCAGAACGAAGAUGGAGGGUGGGGAAUGCAUAUAGAAGGGUCCAGCAUAAUGUUUACAUCAGCUUUGAACUAUGUGACCUUAAGAUUGCUUGGAGAAGACAUUAAUGGUGGAGAAGGUGCUAUACAAAAAGCAAGGACAUGGAUUCUUGAUCAUGGUGGAGCCACUUAUAUUCCUUCCUGGGGAAAACUCUGGCUUUCGGUGCUUGGCGUAUAUGAAUGGAGCGGAAUGAAGCCAAUCCCACCAGAAAUAUGGUUGUUUCCCUAUUUUGUUCCUUUCCAUCCAGGAAGAAUAUGGAGUCACGCUCGGCAAGUGUAUCUACCCAUGUCUUAUUUAUAUGGUAAAAGAUUCAUAGGUCCUAUAAAUGCACUUGUUUUAUCCCUUAGAAGAGAGCUCUACACCCUUCCUUAUAAUCUCCUCGACUGGAAUCAAGCUAAAAAUUCAUGUGCCAAGGAAGAUAUGUCUCAUCCAAGCUCAAUGAUUCAAAAUAUUUUAUGGGAUUCUUUUCACAGUAUAGGAGAACCUCUUCUCAUGCACUGGCCUUUCUCUAAGCUAAGACAAGAAGCUCUUUGUCAUGUAAUGGAACAUAUACACUACGAGGAUGAAAAUACAAACUACAUUUGUCUUGCUCCCAUUAGCAAGGUAUUAAACAUGGUUUGUUGUUGGUUGGAGAAUCCCAAUUCCCAAACAUUUAAGCGUCACAUUCCAAGAAUCAAAGACUAUCUCUGGGUGGCUGAGGAUGGAAUGAAAAUGCAGGCAUAUGGUGGUUCUCAAUUAUGGGACACGGUUUUUUCUAUUCAAGCAAUCUUAGCUACUAAUCUUAAGGAUGAAUAUGGUUCCAUGCUUAAGAAAGCAAAUAAUUUCAUAAAAUGCUCACAGAUUACAACAAACAGUUCUGGUACUCCAAGUGACUGGUAUCGCCACAUUUCUAAAGGUGGUUGGACUUUCUCAACUGCAGACAAUGGUUGGCCAGUGUCAGAUUGCACUGGAGAAGCCUUAAAGGCCGCCAUUUUGUUAUCAAACAUGUCAUUUGAUAUUGUUGAUAGAGCAAUGGAAGUAGAACAACUAUAUGAUGGUGUUAAUUGGAUUUUAUCCAUGCAGAAUAAAAAUGGCGGAUUCGCAGGCUUUGAACUUACAAGAUCUUAUGCAUGGCUAGAGAAAUUAAAUCCAACUGAAACAUUUGAAGAUGUGAUGAUCGAUCGCCAGUUCGUAGAAUGUACUACAUCAGCAAUUGGAGGUCUUGCCUUAUUCACACAACGAUAUCCGGGGCACAGAAAGAAAGAAAUAGAAAUUUGUAUUGCUAAGGCGGCAAACUAUAUUGAAAGCAUGCAGUUAGCUGAUGGCUCAUGGUACGGGUCAUGGGGAGUCUGCUAUACUUAUGGAACAUGGUUUGGAAUAAAGGGACUCAUCGUUGCCGGUAAGAGUUAUCAAGAUAGUCAAAGCAUUAGAAGAGGAUGUGAAUUUUUGCUUUCCAAACAACAACUUUGUGGUGGUUGGGGAGAGAGCUACAUCACAUGCCAAACGAUGGUAUACACAAAUUUGGAAGGAAACAAGUCUAAUGUAGUGAACACUGCAUGGGCUAUGUUGGCACUUAUUGAAGCAGGGCAGGCAGAAAGAGAUCCAGCCCCAUUGCAUCAUGCGGCCAAGGUUUUAAUCGAUUCACAACUAGAAAACGGAGAGUUUCCUCAACAGGAAAUCACAGGAAUUACCAACAGAACUAUUGCUACAGCUCCCUCUGCAUACAGAAACAUCUUUCCCAUAUGGGCCCUUGGAGAAUAUCGUAGUCGUGUACUACUUUGUCCUAGCAAGUAACAAAGGGUCAAGAGCAUAACAACAAAAUAAUAAUUAUGUAAAAAUAAAUCCUGAGUUUUAUUUUCUGCCUUUAUA